UGAUUGUCACAGUGGCGUAAAUUUAGUACUCCCUUAAGCAUCAAUCAUCUUCUUCCACUUCAUAUCACUGUUCGAGGCUUCAUCUCAUUUUUCACUCUGCUGUAUUUCUGCUGGUGUAAAAACUGUUUAAACCAACUCGAAGCGAUGUCGUAUGUACCUCCACACCUUAGAAACUCAAGCUCACACGCCACUACCGCCACCUCUACUACCAUUAUCAACACCACCACCACAGCUUUUUCUUCACUAACCCUAGACAGUGAUCAGAACGCUAAUCUCGACCAUUCCUCAUCUUGUUCAAAUUUCCACUCUCCAACUUCCAAUUGGAACUCUCUCCCUACUUUAUCCAAUGCCUCUCGCCGGACCUGCUCCACUGCUUUUCAGUCGCCGAGAACCUUGUCCAUUCCUGAACCUGUUUUUCCUCAGUGGAAUCCUUCCGACCGCGUUCUUCGCUUGAACUCUCAACAGAUUGAAGAUGUUCGUACGCGGCUUAAUGUUGAAGUUAAUGUUGCUUCGGAGGAUUCCCUUCCAGCACCUGCACCAAUUGAAUCGUUUGAAGAUAUGUGCUUGCAUCCGAGCAUCAUGAAGGAUAUUGCAUAUCAUGGAUAUAGUAGGCCGACUUCCAUACAGGCUCAGGCCAUUACUGUUGCUCUUAGUGGAAGAGAUCUGUUGGGUUGUGCUGAAACUGGUAGUGGCAAAACUGCUGCAUUCACUAUUCCGAUGAUACAGCACUGCUUGGCUCAAUCUCCCAUUCAGCGAGGUGAUGGACCACUAGCAUUGGUGUUGGCUCCUACAAGAGAGCUUGCCCAACAGAUUGAAAAAGAGGUGAAAUGUUUUAGUAGAUCUCUUGAGAACUUCAGAACUGCAAUAGUUGUUGGUGGAACAAACAUAGCUGAGCAGAGAUCUGAAUUACGGGCAGGAGUGGAUGUUAUUGUUGCUACUCCAGGAAGAUUCAUUGAUCAUUUACAACAAGGAAACACUUGCCUCUCUAGAAUAUCGUUUAUUGUUCUGGAUGAAGCUGAUAGAAUGCUUGAUAUGGGGUUUGAACCACAAAUUAGAGAGGUACUGCACAAUCUUCCAAAAAGGCAUCAGACUCUGCUGUUUAGUGCAACUAUGCCUGUGGAGAUUGAAACGUUAACCCAGGAGUACUUAACUGCCCCUGUACAAAUUAAGGUUGGAAAAGUUAGUAGCCCAACAGCAAAUGUAUCUCAAGUUCUGAAAAAAGUUUCUGAAAAUGAGAAGAUUGAUUGCCUUCUGGCUUUUCUUGUGGAGGAUGCGUCUCAGGCCGAAAGAUCUGGUCACCCCUUUCCUUUAACUGUUGUGUUUGUGGAAAGGAAGACAAGGUGUGAUGAAGUUGCUGAAGCUCUGGUGGCACAAGGCUUACGGGCAGUCGCUUUGCAUGGUGGCCGUAGUCAGAGUGAAAGGGAGGCUGCUCUGAAUGACUUCAGGAGUGGCUCUACUAGUAUUUUGGUUGCCACUGAUGUUGCAUCUCGUGGAUUGGAUGUCACAGGAGUUGCUCAUGUAAUUAACCUCGAUCUUCCAAAGACAAUGGAAGAUUAUGUACAUCGGAUUGGAAGGACGGGACGUGCAGGAUCAGCAGGCCAAGCUACUUCAUUUUACACUGAUCGUGAUAUGUUCCUAGUCUCACAAAUAAAGAAAGCAAUAGCAGAUGCAGAAGCUGGGAACACAGUGGCCUUUGCAACUGGGAAGGUUGCACGAAGGAAAGAGCGAGAAGCUGCAGGUUUGCAAAAGGAAGUUAGGAAUGCUCUGUCAAAGUCCGGAGGGCCCGCAUCAAUAAACAUCGAGGACAAGUAUAGGUACAUGAUUGCCUCUGCAAAUAUCAAGGGAGAGGGUGCGGCAGAUAGUGCUUGGGAUGAUUAAUGGAAGUUUCCUUCAAUACCUUUUAAAGAGCUUUGGUGAUACAUGCUUAAGAUUCAGAGGUUUUAAGAUGUACAGCUUCUGAGUUUGGGCUUAACAAUGUGCUGAAGGUUACAAAUUUCUCGUCAUUCAUCUUCCACUGUCACUUACGUCUUCAGUUCAGUUGCCAGUUGUACCAAGGUCAGAUUGAAUGAAUGGUGAUAGGUUUUUUAGGACUGCUUAUACAUUGUGCAUAUUGUACAUCUUAAGAGUGUUUUAGUGGAAACUUUGCCAUUUGAGCUAUGAUGUUGAUGCCCUUUAUCAAGUGUCAACUUUAAUAAACUAUCUCGGUGUUUUCCAUCUUUAAGGAGAGUUUCAUUGUCAAUCAUUUGGAUGUUCACAAGUAA